AUGAGGACCUACGACGACACCUUCUCUGGCCAGAAAAUCUACCCCGGAAAGGGCAAACUCUUCAUCCGCGGCGACAGCAAAGUCUUCCGUUUCCAAAAUGGCAAGACCGAGUCCCUCUUCCUUCAACGCAAGAACCCUCGCCGCAUCGCCUGGACUGUGCUGUGCCGGAGACAGAGGAGAAAGGGUAUCUCGGAGGAACAAGCCAAGACCCGCCGACGCCGACAAGUCAAGGCCCAGCGUGCCGUUGUCGGUGCCUCGCUCGAUGUGAUCAAGGAGCGCCGCUCGAUGCGUCCCGAGGCUCGCACUGCUGCCCGCAAGCAGGCGAUUGAGGAGGGCAAGGAGAAGAGGGCUGCUGCACAGAGCGUCAAGAAGGCGGAGAAGGCGAAGAAUGCGGGGGCUGCUGCGAAGGGACAGACUACUGGCCGGUGA